CGAUUUUCAGUUCGAAUCCGAACGCGACUGUGAGCGGUUCUGCGGUCUUCGUGCUAGCGUUUUAAAUCGCUGGGAAACAGCCUGCAAUUCUAUUGUUAAGACAGUGCCUAAAAAUUACCUGAAAAGAGAUAUGCGUUUCUUUUUCAUGCUCCUGCUACCCCUGGUGGCCCUAGCCCAGGACGAUGACUACUGCUUCAGCCAGGACACGUCGCGGCCCCAAACCCGUCAGUUCUCCUCGAAGACCGCCUACCAGAUUGUCAAGGGCAGCGAUAUCGAACGCCAGUACCUGGUUCCCAAGUGUGAGCCCAAAAAGAUGUGGAUCUUUCACAGGCACGGCACCCGCCUGCCCAAGAAGAGCAUGAUCAAGAAGGCCCCCAGGUUAGCCGAGCUUCGUGAUCUUAUCGUAAAGAACUAUAGGGUUCUGAAGACCAAGCCGGACAGGGAUCCCCUGUGCCAAACAGAUCUGAUUGCCCUUCAGAUGUGGAAAUGGAACAGUAGUAUCACUGGCGACAUGGAGGAGUACCUGACUGCCCAAGGAUACGACGAUCUUCGGGGAACAGCCAAGCUGUAUCAGCGGUAUUAUCCCAAUGUGCUGCCCAAAGAGUAUAAUGACACCUACUACCAGUUCCGCCAUACAGACACCCAAAGAACUACUGAGAGCUUCAAGGCCUUUGCCGAAGGACUCUUUGGAACGGCGAAUUCUGCCCAUCCCGUGGACAUUCCUAAGCAGGAUCUGCUACUACGUCCCUACGACUACUGCCAGUCCUACAAGGAUCUCAACUACAAGGGCGAGGGCUCGGAGUUCCAAAAGUAUCACCAGUCCACCGUGUGGAAGAACAACUUGGUGGACAUCUCCACGCGAUUGGGUUUCCAGUACACCCUCGAUGAGGACGAUAUCAAGCUGAUGUACGACAUGUGCCGGUACGAACAGGCGUGGCAGGUUGACCGGAACAGCGUGUGGUGUGGCGCCUUCUUGCCGGAGCAGGUCACCGUCUUCGAGUACGCAGAAGACCUCAAGUACUACUACGGAUCGGGCUACGGAUUCGAGGAAAUUGAGCGCUUAAACUGCCGCCUGGUGCAGGACCUGCUCACCCACCUGAACAACCCGGUGUCGCCCCAUGUGGUCGCCCACUUCGGCCACUCAACGGGCCUGCUCACUCUCAUCACGGCCCUGGGCCUGAAGAAGGAUGGCGUCAAGCUGCGGGCGGACAACUACCUGGACCUGGCCAGCCGUCGCUGGAAGAGCAGUCUGAUCGAUCCUUUCGCCAGUAACUUUGUGGCCGUGAAGUACGAUUGCCCGCAGGAUCUGGAUCGCGAGAAGGUCGUCUUCUUCCUCAACCAGGACGCUGUCCAGCUAGACUGGUGCAACGUGGGCCUGUGCAAGUGGUCGGAUGUCCUGGCCAAGUACCAGACCAUCGCGGAUGCCGACUGUGGGGAAUACUUCUGCCGGAGUGGCGGCGCUUCGUCCCUGGCAUCCGGGAUUUCCAUGCUGGCCUCUUCGCUGGUCGCUCUUCUGGUCUACUUAAUGCACUAAAUAUUAAGCUAGCUUUUAAUUUGUAAUGUACAAAGUUCGUACCAAAAGGCGGCUGCUACGCCUGCGGAAUGUCAGUCAAGUAUUUUUCGAUAUAGUUUCUCUAAUUUUAAUUCAGCACAACACCUCCCACAGUCGAAAAAUCACACAGAAUCGCACACUACAACCGAAAAACAACACACUUCCACACCCGACACAGAGAUUUUUAAAUUAACAAUUUUUCUAAUUGCCUUUUGAAUGUUGACAGUGCUACCUACAGUCAGAAAUAGCUUUAUAUUAACUAAAUAAAACAGAUAU